GAUAUACCUAGUCCGAGACCUCUACGAUACUAGACACUCCUAUUGUAUCCCUUUAACCACUACUUCUAUCUUCAUCAGGACAUUCACGCAGGGAUGUAUCGACCUGUCUCCCUAGCCCAGUCCUUCACCGGUUCUACUGCUUUCAGUCACACCGACAAACCGUCGGUGAACACGCUUUCUGAUCGGCAGGACACACAGAGUCACAGCAUUCAAGCGGAUAGCCGAGCUUCAACAAGGCUGACGGCGCCACCGCGAGCCGAUGACUUCGCUGAGAGAUACAAAAGACUGAAAUACCAAAUUCAGCAGGAGGCAGUUGAUUGGCCGGAACUCCGAAAGCAAAGCAUCGAGGUGCUCGAAACAGUUGAUGCAAACCCCCGCGGCAACGAAACUUACACCGAAGCCUUCACUGUCCUAUAUUCGCACCAUAUUGUUGUGGCUGUAGAGGAUUCCGAAUCUUCUGUCCGGUGUUCCGCUGAGACCGCAUACAAAAGAGCACGGUCGACGCUGCGUAUCUUGAGGAAACAAUCGUCUCCGACUGAACAAAGGCAGUUAGCGCGACUCUGCAAGUUGUACUGCCGUUUGGACGAUCUAUUCUCCCACUUGAUGAUGCGUCAAGAAUCGAACACCUGGAGAGAGGUCACCGACCGUUCAAUUAGCUUCGCCCCAUCGUCGAAAUCAUCCGUUAUUUACACUCCCCCUCCAUCGGUGAAGUCAAACUCUAACGCCAGCGAUGCGCCGCCUUCGACCGCAGCUGUGAGGUCGUACCAUGAGAGGAUCAAAGCAAUCGUGGAGCAGGCCGACCGUUACGACGCGAUUCCAUACCCCAAGGCAAAGUUUGCAUGCUCCAACUUGUGGAACGAGUUCAAGCGGGAGCACAUAGAGAAUUUGGGAAACGGGUCUGGGACGGGCUCACCGUUCACGUACUUUCCAGCAGUCGAUAAUGCGUUCUGGAUCAUGCUGACUUACCUGAUGUGCGAGAGUCGAUACGAUUUUCAACUUGAAGCGAAUAUCUACUGCUCCGAAAUCAACUCGCAAAAGACCAAUUCCAAGGACCGCUACGCGCAUCUCCUCGACAAGGCUCGUAAACGUGCACCCAUCGACAACGCCGUCCUAUCAGCCGUUCUGAAGAUUCUGCACGACGAGGAAUGGAGAGAGAUGUAUCACGGAAAAUAG